AUGUUACCAGACAGUUAAAUUCCCUCACUUCUUUUAUUUUUAUUUCCAUUUUCUUUCUCUGCAAAGAAACCGAGUUGCCAACUCAGUCUCUCAGUCCACUGUUAAUCGGCGGCGAUUUUUAAACCAUGGAAUCGUUAACGAGUCCAACUGUAACUCAGCGCGAUCAGCUAUUGGUUGAGCAACAGGUCUUCAGCUUAUUCAAAACGUUCUACAACAUGCCUCCCAGUUCCCAAUCCUUCAUGUUGGAGCUUCAACGAGAAAAUCAUGUGGAGUACUUGACAAAUGGAUUAAAACAACUCGGUCCUUCAUUCUGCGUAUUAGAUGCUAAUCGCCCUUGGAUUUGCUAUUGGAUACUUCAUUCGAUUGCUUUAAUGGACGAGUUUGUAGAUCCUGAAUUGGAAGACAAUACUAUUGAUUUUCUUAGCCGUUGUGAGGAUCCUAAUGGUGGUUAUGGUGGUGGACCCGGACAGAUGCCUCAUCUUGCAACAACAUACGCUGCAGUCAAUUCACUUGUUACUUUGGGUGGUGACAAAGCGUUGUCAUCAGUUAAUAGAGAAAAACUAUACUCGUUUAUGCAGCAAAUGAAAGAUGCAAGUGGGGGAUUCAGAAUGCAUGAUGGUGGAGAAAUUGAUGUUCGGGCAUGUUAUACAGCCAUCUCAGUUGCAAGUCUGCUGAAUAUUUUGGAUGAUAAACUUGUUCAAAAUGUUGGAAAUUACAUCUUAAGUUGCCAGACUUAUGAAGGUGGCAUUUCUGGGGAACCUGGUUCUGAAGCUCAUGGGGGGUACACCUUUUGUGGGUUGGCUACAAUGAUUCUAAUCAACGAGGUCGAUCGUCUGGAUUUGUCUAGCUUAAUUGAUUGGGUGGUUUUCCGACAAGGAGUAGAGGGUGGAUUUCAGGGCAGAACUAAUAAACUGGUUGAUGGUUGUUACUCUUUCUGGCAGGGAGGAAUAUUUGCAUUGAUAAAAAGAUUAAAUUCUACUAAAGGAGAAAGAUCAAUACCAUUGGGAGAUGGAGAAGAUAGCGAUCCGGAAAGCCCACGAACUACCGCAUCAUCAGAUGCUACAGAAGAAGGUUUGAACAAGGAUUUAUCUCAAGAUGACAGCCAUUCUCAGAAAGAUCACCAUGAUACGUCGUCCCGAGUUAAUGUUGCCGAUAUCGGUCAUAAUUCUAGCAAAGGGCAUGCAAAAGUGAAUCCCCUUUUUAACAGCUUGGCCUUGCAGCAAUACAUUCUUUUAUGCUCACAGGACCUGAAUGGUGGACUGAGAGACAAACCCGGCAAGUCUAGAGACCAUUACCACACAUGUUACUGUUUAAGCGGCCUUUCUGUGUGUCAACGUAGCUGGUUGGAAGAUGAGGAUGCUCCGCCGUUGCCUCAUGCCGUGUUAGGUCCGUAUUCGAAUCUCCUGGAACCAAUCCACCCCCUCUAUAAUGUUGUAUUAGAUCGCUACCAGGAAGCACAUGAGUUCUACACGAGUUCCUAAGCAUAUUUUCCAGGAUUUGAGGGUUCGUAAUAACUUAUGGCAUGUAAUCGACUGUCUAUUGAUGCUUUACCGAACACCCGGAAAUGAAUGGAGGUACCGGCAUCGAGAUCGAUUCCUCCGAGUUUUAGGGUUCUAAAGAAUCCGGUGAAUCAAAACUUUGGAUUAUGUAUGUAGCAAAAUCAUGGAUGCAAUGCAAUUGUAUUUGAAUUCCUAUAAAUAGAAUCGACGAGAUUAGUUCAA